CUCGCACCUAUCAGCACCUAGGACACUCCUAACGCACUAGGCUCAGCCCGCCCUAGGGUGAUAACCUAUAUCUGCAAAGGGCACCACCUCAAACUCCAGACUAGAGAAAGUCUUGAUCACCCAGACCUGCUGUGGGCUGUUGUAAACGGAGUCUCGAUACUAAACUGCUACAGACAGCCACUUACCCCAGACGUACUCCAAUACGUUACGCAUCUCACACCCCCCCCCCCAACACUGCGUUAUAGGAGGGGACUUCAACGUCAGACACGAAUCCUUCAAACCCACUGUUUCCGCAGCUAGCGGCGGCAUAGAGCUCGCCAGGUGGGCCGCCGCCGCCUCUAUGGACUAUAUUGGCGUGCCAGGACAGCCGACACACUGUGCUGGACAUGUCAUUGAUCUCACCUUCUCUAAUGUCCCGUUCGCUCAUUCUGCUGUAGAUGCUGACAUGCACAGUGGGUUAGACCACAAGACGAUAGUAACCUCUGUCUCUACUUCCACACUUAGCACUCCGCACCUAGACUAAGUCCUAGAGGCAAGCCUACUAAAGUUCACUAGGCUAGUAGAAAUAGGCGUCUAGAGCAUCCCCAAUCCGCGUGCGGCACGGGAUGUGGCACAACUAGACAACUGUGUUGCGCUGCUGACAGAGACCGUGCAGCACUCUAUACAAACAGCAGGCAAGCUCGACCGCAAGGAGGGACGCGCUGCGCCUUGGUGGACUAAGGAAUGCAAGAAUGCCUACCAA